GCUAGAAGCAAAGGAGCUGUAGAGACUGCAGGCUGUGCCCAGUCCCUGGCGCAGAGGGGCCUGGGUGGGCCCGAGAGCCAUGGAGAGCUUCACGGAGUCACUGAACAGACUGAAGGACAUCCACGAGCAGGAGGUCCUGGGCCUGCAGAACAAGCUUCUGGAACUGAACUCAGAGAGGUGCCGGGAUGCUCAGAGGAUCGAAGAGCUCUUUGCAAAGAACCACCAGCUCCGGGAGCAGCAGAAGGUGCUGAAGGAAAACCUGCGGGUGCUGGAAAACAGGCUGCGGGCUGGCCUGUGUGACCGCUGCAUGGUCACCCAGGAGCUGGCCAAGAGAAAACAGCAUGAGUUUGAGAGCUCUCACCUCCAGAGCCUGCAACACAUCUUCAUCCUCACCACUGAGAUGCAUGUGCUGAAGGAGGCGAACGAGAGCUUGAAGGAGGAGGUGAAGCGGCUUCGGAGCCUAGGAGACAGCCUCAAGCCUCAGGCCAGGGAGGACCCCUCAGACGCCCCCUCGCCCCUACUGCUCCCCUCCCCCAGCGGCUGGAAGGCCAUCACCGAGAAGCCACCAGGAGGCCAUGAGGAGGCUGAGGAAGACCACAGGGCGGGUCCACCAGGAAAAGAAAGACCGGCCAGUCACAGGACAUCACCAGUGACCAGAACCUCCCCAGGGGCCAGCCUGCCUGAGCCUCGGGCCCCUGACAUGAGCCCCCAGCACAUCUCCAACCAGCUGCAUGGGACCAUCGCGGUGGUGCGGCCUGGGGCCCGCACCUACCCAGCUGACUGUGGCUCUGCCAGUGGGACACCCCCACCACCUGCCAGGAGCAGCCCACUUAGCCCACCGGAUGAGCACAACCUCGCCCUGGACAGCUUCCUGCGGGCCUCCCGAACCUCAGCCAUGACCUACGCAUCCCUGAAGCACCACCCACAGGCUGACCGACUCUGCCUCCUGAACCACCACCUGUCCCUGCACCUUCGGAGCCCCCGCAGUGGCCCUCUGGCCCCUGCUGCAACCCACAGCAGCUCCCAGCUCCAGUGCCUGAAGGCUGGAGACGCUGAGGCCUGGGAGGAGCCCACGGGCCUGCUGGGCCUAACCAGUGCCCUGGCAGGCAUGCAGGACCCACAGCUAGAGGGGACACUGCACCUGCUCCUGGCCCAGCAACAGCUGCGGGCAAGGACCAGGGUGGGGGCAGGCAGCGCCAGGCUCAGGGGCCCAUCCACACCUGGGGAGACACCACCCUCCCAUCCAGGAGGCUCAGACUCUGAGAGCCCCGAGGGCGAAGUGGCCAGGACAGCUCUAGCCACAGCCUUCCUGCCCAGAAGACAGUCUCCAUGGAGGAAGGAGGUUGUAGCCACACAGGACUAUGCCCUAGACAAGCCCCUGGACCUCUCAGAGCGGAGCCGGAGCCGGGAUGCCUUCAGGCUAGCUGGCCAGCAUGGGCCACCCAGCCCCAAAGCUGCCCACAGUCCCAGCCCUGAGGUGCCCACCCAGUCCAGACUCCUGACUCACAGCCCCCGGCAACUCAGCAAUGGCACCCAGGGGGUCAGAGCACCAGAGCCAGGAGAGCCCCCUACACCUGCAACACUGGACCCCGAUGGCCACCCAGAGCCCAGCAAGGCGGAAGUGCAGUGGGCAGACUCGGUAGAACUGGACAAGCCAGACAGCUCAGACAGCGAGGUGAGCCCAAGCACCAAGGCAGGUGCUGCUCUGAGCAGGCCAGGGGAUGGGCCCAGGUAUGUCUGCACCCAGGAGCACUCUCAGGGGCUGCAACGGAAGAGGAAGCAGGUUUCAGAGCUGGGCAGCAAAGCCUCCAAGAAACCAUCCAGAGGAAGAGGGGAGCUGAAAGAGCCCCUGACAGCAGCUGAGGGACCGGGGAACCCAGGGGACGCCAGCAGCAGCCCCUCACCCUCCAGCAGCGGCUGGGAGGAGACUUAG